UAUUGUAGCUUUGAAGUCGGUGACAUUUCACAUUGUCGUCCCAAUACGGUGCCGCAUCGUUCUAUUCUGUACAUCGGGGAAGAUCGGAGAAUCGCUUAUGUGUUUUCCGAUGUGGAACCGGUGAACGAGAUUGCGUAGAAGAAGAAGAAUGACAUCGAACAAAGACAAAAGCGAUGACCCCAAGCUUUGGGGAGUUUUCCUCUUCGGCCUCAUUGGCGCCACCGCCUCUACCUACGCGUUCGGUCACCUGCGGAGGACUGUUGAUUGGUUCUAUGUUCAGAUGGCGAAGUCGCAGGGGUCGUGGAAAGGACGGAGCAGCGGUUCUUCGCGAUCAGCUUCUCAGGAGGAGGCGUGGAGGAGGCACAAUAAGCGGUUGCAAGAGGAAUAUGAGGAGGAGAUGGAGAGAGUGGAAAGAAUAAGGCGUAUGCAAAGUGUGUUUAACAGAGAAAGAAAUAAGUACAAAAGAUCCUACGAAAGCUGGAGGGAAAAUGGUUCUGGAACAUAUCAUCAGCAUUUCCAGAGAGAAGAUUGGUAUUGGCAGGCCGAUACAUCCUUCAGAGACAGGAGGACUAAUUAUCGACAACCUCCAAGAGAGAGUGGAAACUAUGCAUUAUCACAUCACUACUCUGUUUUGGGUCUUGACAGGUUUAGACAAGCGCCAUAUUCAGAUGCUGAGAUUAAAUCAGCAUUUAGGACCAAGGCAAAGGAACACCAUCCUGAUCAGAACCAGAAUAAUAGAGAGGUUGCUGAGGCAAAGUUCAAAGAAGUGAUGUCUUCAUACGAGGCCAUAAAACAGGAAAGAAAGAACCAGAAUCUGUAAUUGCCAAACUAAGCCCAACAAUCAUGGGACCCAAAAGGAUGAGGUAUUCCAAAUAGUUAAUAAAAUUUGUCAUUUCUUCACUGCAUUAUCAUCCAGCUGAAGUGGGAUUCUGCUGCAAGUAAAUUUUGUAUAAUGAUUAGAGAAUUAGAUUAGUAUUUUGAUUUUUUGGAAUUCAUCAAAUAUAAGGUAUGUAUUCAAUUAGAAUUCCAACCACAUAUUUAAUGUCCUGUAAUGUGCUCUCAGUAGAUCCCGGGUGUUGUGUUCGCACAAUAAUUCGCUUCCUAUACACAUUUGUAGGCUUGGGGCCCUUCAAUGUAGGCAAUUAUUUUCUCACACGAUGUCAUUAUUAUUGCUACAUAUAAUGUUAGACACACUUUGCUUUUGCAA